AGUGAGAAACAGCUCCACUUGUUUUAGAUUUGGUUGACAUAAUGUAAGGGCUUGUGAUCAAGAAUGAUCAGGAUCCAGUUAAAUCCAGGUUUUACAUUUUCCCCUCUUAAGAGAGUAAGGCUUCGACAUUUCCUGCCUGGGAAGUGGUGCAGUUUAUCUUUAAGGAGGAUAGAGAAAUAAGAAAUGAGUCUCACGUUGCAUGGGUGACAUCACUGGCUUUUGGCUCAGCGUUCUGUAUGCUCGGUCUGUAGGCUUCGGCCAAGGCUGCAGGGCUCGGUGUUUGAACAAGGAAAGAUUCCCAGGUGUACAGAAGAUUGGAUUUGCUAUUAUUUGGGUUUAAAACGGUGAAAUGAGAUUUCUAAAGCUUGGGGUCUCCAGCUCGCCUUCUGUUGCACUUGAUCUCUACAAGAUGGGUGAGUUAUUCCCAUUAAAGAGAAAGGGAGUGAAAAUUUAAGGAGAAAAAAAAAUUAUGUCUGAAUAUAUAACUACUGAUGCCGGGGAUACGAUUCGUACGAAGCUGCUGAGCUAAAAAAUCUCAUCUCCGACGAGGAGAUCGGGCCAUAUGGCAGAGAAAUGGUGCAGCCCGAAAGCUGUUGACAACAGUUAGGGGCUGCUUUCCUCUCCCCGUGUAAGGUGUGUAGCUCCCCCCCACCUCCGCCCCUCCGCCCCUCCGCCCCGGUUUGUUUUGGUUCGGUUUCCCCCGACCUCCCUCCCCUCCCCGUUCCUCGGCAUCCUCUCCGCCAGCCGUAGCCCUGCCUGCCUUCAUCUUGCAGAUGGCUAACGUGCCGCCGUGUUAGGAAAACUGUGCACAACACAUCCCAGCGCCGGGGACGGAGGAAGCUUUUCAGCUGCCGGCGGAAGGGGGGGCAGCACAGCGGGUGUGUGUGUGGAAGAAGGAUGCCGGGGCCGAGGGCAGCCCCCCGCGCUGCCUAGCGGGCUGCGGCUGCUCCCGCCGGAGCCUCUGCCCGGCCCGGAGCCGGGGCUGCCGGGGCGCUGCCCGGGCGCGCCGGGGAAGGAAGGCAGCGCGGCGUUCGGCUGCCUGGAUGACAGCGCCCACGACAAAAGCGGGAGAGUGAAUGGCAAGGCUGGCGGAGGGAAGCCGAGGUGUCUCCGGAGCCAAGAUGCCAGUGGCUGUCAGCGCAGUCUGCUGAGGGAGAGAGCCGUGCGUGCCCGCCUUCCCAGAGCCAGCCGCGGAGGGGAUGUUUUAACCACGAUUGCAAGCGGCAGCAGCAGCGGCGGCAGCAGCAACAACAACAACAGAUGCUCCCCCCCUCUCGCUCCCUCCCUUUCGACCCCGCUUUAAACCCAAGCAAGUGACCGACCGUCCAGACGAUGAUGCUCUUGCUGAGCCACUGACAAAGAAAAAGCAAGUCACCCAUUCCUGACGUCGGGACAACUGGCUGCUUGCAAGUGGGAGAUGCCAGGCUGUUGAACUUUUCUGUCCUGUGAUGAUGCUGUAGUGAGCUUGCUGAUCUGAAAGCCAUCUCUUCUGCAUUUCUGAGUGGGCCAGAUUGAAAGAGAUUAAUGGACUGAUCAGCCAUCAGGUCUCUGCAGGGGGAUUCAUCUCUUCAGCCCCUGUCCCUCGGGUGCUCGCGGUGAGGGGGUCACUGGUGAAAGGCUGUGUUUCUCCUCACCACGUCUCCUCUGCAGAGGAGAAGAGGCAGAUGAGACUCCAAGACUGCCUCCAGGGCAGAACUUUGUAGUGCUCUCAGCAUCCCUCUGCAGCGUGGAUGUGAGCCACGGGAGUUGGGGAUGUUUGAGGCAGUCUGUGCCAAGUGACACCUAGCAGUGCUCCGGUGGUUUUCGCGUGGUCUCACCCCCAACGGCUUUGCCUGUUGUGAAGAUGUCCAUGGUGUUUCUGUGAAGCUGAGGCAUGGCUGCUGGAAGGUUACUGCUCUAUGCUGGCCUCUCUUUAGCUCUGUGUGCCCUUGGCAUGCUGGCUGUGGCAAUCUGCUCUGACCAUUGGUAUGAAACUGAUGCUAGGAAGCACAGAGAGAGGUGCAAGAGCAUCACCACUAAGAGAAAUGAUCCUGGCUUCAUUUAUAACUCCAACAACAACCUGCCUCUCAGGGCCAGCAGGUCUAGGUUGGACCGCUGGGAAGGGAAACUCCUCUUGGCAAGAAACAGGAGGCAGAUCUUUGCUAUGAGCGCAGUCGACGAGUGCAACAGACAGUACAACUCCACCAAUAUGGGGCUCUGGAGGAAAUGCCACCGACAAGGAUUCGACCAGGAGCUGGAGGAGCUGAUUGCCAAAGGAGCAAUUGAGCGGUGCUCGUACAUCAAGUACCACUACUCCUCAGCCACCAUCCCCAAGAACCUUACGUACAACAUCACCAAGACAAUCCGCCAGGAUGAGUGGCAUGCCUUGCAUCUGCGCAGGAUGACAGCUGGCUUCAUGGGCAUGGCUGUGGCCAUCAUCCUCUUUGGAUGGAUUAUCGGUGUUUUGGGGUGCUGUUGGGAUCGAGGCCUUAUGCAGUAUGUGGCAGGGCUUCUCUUCCUCAUGGGAGGAACCUUCUGCAUCAUUUCACUGUGCACAUGCGUGGCUGGAAUCAACUUUGAGCUCUCCCGCUACCCCCGCUACCUGUACGGACUUCCCGACGACAUCAGCCAUGGCUAUGGCUGGUCCAUGUUCUGUGCGUGGGGGGGCCUGGGCCUCACUCUGAUCUCUGGCUUCUUCUGCACUCUGGCCCCUUCCGUCCAACCUGUCCCCAGGACCAACUGCCCCAAAUCUAGACCUGAGAAUGGGACAGUGUGCUAAAACAAAUAGCAAACAAAUACACACACACACAAAGACAUAUAUAUAUAUAUAUAUGCCUAGGUAUGUCUAUACAUGCAUAUAUAUGUAUAUAUAAUUAUAUAUGUAUAAAAUCUCAAGUUAAUGCCAGUGCCAAGGUAGAGCUGAGUCCAACAUGGCACUCACAUCUCCACCGGACUCUGUGUUGCUUCAUUCUUUCUCACACUGAUGGGAAAGCUUUUCUCUCACAUGGCUCUUCCAUCCAACUCUUAACUUCAGCAUAAUACCUUAGAGGUCAAAUGAACCUACAGUUGCACCUACCUACUGCCAUUUGGGAGGGGGAACAGGGGGUCCAUGUGGGGAAUCUGGAACCAGAUUUUGUACAGGACAUGGUGGGGGCAGAGGUGUGAGGCGGGGAUGACACAAAAAGCGUGUCCAUUGCAGCCAGAAGGGAAAAUGUAAACAGCAAGGAAAUGAAGCAUUUGAGCCACUUCAACAACAUACCUCCUCAAGGCCAUUAUCAGAAACCCACCCAUGUUCUUUUUCUUUCUUAAAACAAAAUGACAGAAGUCAUGUCAUUGGUUUUGGGGUUUUGUUGGGUUUUUUUCUCCUUAAAAUGCAGAAAACAAAAUGGACAGAAUGUGUGCAGAAAAGUAGAAAAGCAUUUUCUCUUUGCCUGCCAAACUUUAGAGAGAAGCAAACAAGUGAAAAUAAUAAUAAUUAAUAAUAAUAAUAAACAUCUAAGAAAAUAAAACCAGAAAACAAUAAAAAUCUCCAAGAGGACAUCUCAGCAGACUUUCCAACAAUGCGGUUUUAAUCUUCCAGCUGCCUUACAUCCAGGCUUACAACUGAGGCUGAACUGCUAAUGUAAAUGCAGCAGAAGGCCUUUUGAAAAUGCUGUGAUACAUGUGUGUAUAACUUUUUCUUCCCUCUUACUUUAUUUAUUUUUUUUAACAAAAAGAAAAAUUUAAAGCAUUGCAAUGUGAUUGUCCACCAAACCAUCCAUGCUGUAUUUGUGGCCCAAGACUGAGGCACCGCAACGGCAGAAGCGUGAGGAAAGCCAUCAGGUCUGAGAGAAUGCAUCUUCUCUGGUGGAUUUCAGCAGGAUUUUUUCUUUUUCAUGGAGUUUCUGAAAGUUCAGGAUGGUGGAUCCAGGGGAAGACUGACCAAGGAGAAGGGAGGUGAGGGAAGGCCUGGUAGCUGUUCUUCCCAGGGAUUUGAUCGAAUGGGAUUUCAUCAAGUUUCCGGUUUGGAUGUUUGAGACAACUGAGCAAAAAUUGUGGAGGAGGAAAAGGGAGCUAAUUUCUGUAGAAGAGAAGUAAGAGAUGCCUCUCAUUGUGUUCAUGUAUGCCAAAUAAGACCUUCCCACAUCUUGUCUUUGGAAACUGCCCUGAUUCAAUGGACAUCUCCUCUCUCCAUCUGGGAGAACUGUGUACAGAUGGAUGUGAAAGGGUCAGAUGCAGAGAACAGAGAUCCAUUUCCUAUGAGCUUAAGCAUUGUAUGAUAUAACUGUGAAUCUGCAAAUGGAACUCUCUCUCUUUUUUUGGUCUUUAUCUUUUUCCUGCUAUUCCUCCUCCUAUUGUCUCCUUUUUCCUUCCCUCUGCCCUUCCUGUUGUUCAGGUCAUAGGUCCCAGAAGAGCAAAACAAACAGCUAAGUCUGAAGAGGUGGGUGAAGGCCAUUAGAGGACAAAAAGCAUUUUGGCUGUGAGGACAGUGGGUCCUUGCAGGGUACCUUACCUUGCAGUGGCUAUGGGGAAGGUAGGGAAGAAGGGCCAAGGAUGUAUCCAAAGGGACUCUGAAGAACGAUGACUGAAUUGCCAUGUGCAAAAGCGAGGGCACCACUGACAAAUAUGCAGGCAAAGGGAGACAGGGCAAAGAAAAAAGUCUCCCCAAAACCAAUCCAACCCAACAUGCUCUUAAUUCAGGGAUAGUACCAGCAAUCCUUUCUUACCUGAUAGCUGCAUGAUAUCAGUCCUCACUAGUCAGUAAAAAAUAAUCCUCUCCAUAUAAAAUAUCUCACUAGGAGAAGGAGCCUGUGCCUGCUGCACAGAAAUGCAGGCAUUAAUUUCCAGGUUGUGCCAUUUACACAGCUGGCAGUUUGGUUUAAAAAUAUCCAGCUAACAAAUAAUUCUUACACAUGUAGUUGUAUUACAGUGUUCAAAGAAAUGAAGGUUCUGGAGGGCAUGUUGGAAUAGAGUAGAUUUGGGUUUCUUCCAUUCUUGCUCAACUACCUAGCUUUUGUUUUCUGUUGUCUACAGAUUUCCCAAACAUGCCAAUGCCAGCUGCUAAAUCAGUUUGUUUCCACUGAAGUGCCAUCCCUGUCAACUGAAGUUUCACAAUUUCAUUUUACACUAGAUGUGACCAGAGAAAUUACUUAUUUAUUCGAGUUUAAACCACAAGCCUUUUGAAGAAACUUCCUUUUUAAGCAGAUUGGUUUAUUUAUUUUUUUCUGGGAAGGUUUUCAAAUAGAGUGGUUUUGAAAAAUUUUGAAAUCAUUUGACUGUGCUAGUGCCUACUUGGUUAGGAGGUUGAUGAAUUACCAUUGAACAGAAGAAGGAAAUUUAAAACAAAAAUAGCCUUGGAGAGCUAAAUGAAGGCUGAAUGCAGAAAACCAAUAACUGGAAACCAAAAAAGACCUAUAAAAAAUUGUUCAUUUCUUCAAAGCAUGAAAAAUUUUGGAAAAAAACUGAACUUAUUAGUAAGAAAUUAUGCAGCUGCUUAAUUAAAACAGCUUUGAAUGCAAACUUUCUUCCACCUCUGCAGUGCUGAAUGUGAUAGGAAAGGUGUUUCAUAUAAAUACAGAUAUCUGGAGUGACACAGGUAAGCCAGAGUCACAGAGGUGCCUAUCUGGAGUUUACCAUCAGGCCCUGUGGCAGGCAGAGCAGUACAGCAGCUCCUGUGGUGAUGUAUCCUUGUGUGGUCCUUGAGUGUUCACAGGGUGUAUUCUACAGAUACAGUUUUGAAAGAGGUAUAGCACUAAGAUUUAAAGAAAUGGAAGUAAUUUUGCUGUUUGAUGGAUUUUCAAAGGUUUCCUUUUCUUCUGCAGCUGGCAUAAAACCAGUUUUGCCUUGAUGAAGUAUUCUCUGGAUGGUGUUGGUUUACAAGCUGUAUAUAAGCCUCUGUGUGUGGCAGUGGUGGAAGAGGGUUAUGGUUAUUUUUAUUAACAACAGAAAAGUGUUGACCCUGAAUCUUUGGGCCAGUUCUGUGAUUUUCCACUCGCUCUAGCAUAGUGGAAAGGCCUGUGUGGCUAUGAAAAAUCUUAAAAUCUAUGGGAAUGUCUGAAGCAGCAGGUGAUCAUGUCACAUUAAUCUCCAGCUGGAUCCCCAAAAGAACCAUUUGUCCAAAUACCAGUUCUCUCAUCACUGGUUUAAGUAAGGGCAGAACCCUUUUGGGAGAUUAUGAAUUUCCCCUCUGUGCUUCUCGAAGAACUGGCAGGAGUCCUGUGUGCUUCCAUAGCCCUGAACGGGGGUCACAGCCCCACCAUGCCUUCUAAGUGCUCAGACUUGUCUUUAGAGCAGGGAUCAUCCAGAAUACAUCCAGAUGUAAAUUUGUGAAGAUUAAUGUCUCCACCUCUCCUGAGCUGAAGCACACUCACAGCUACUCUGAGUUUCUGCAUUUUGGGGGAGGUUUUGAAGUAUCUUUCUGAACAGAGAUUGAAGCUUUUUGACUAGUGUGUGGUUUCUUAGUUGGCGGAGCAGCUAAUUAGAAAUCUGUUAUCAGUGGUCUCAGCAUUAAGGGACUUGACCCUGUCCCUCAGAUCUGCUCUGGCCAAGUGCCUAAGCAUGUGCUUUACUUGGUGCAUGUGACUAAUCCCCUUAAAUUUGGUUGACUAUUCAUAUGCUUAAAGUCCAGAAUGUGCUUUCUUGGAGGACAUUCAUCUUCCUGCAGAGUCCAGCCCAUGUUCGUUUUUACCCAUCCUUGCCCUCUAGAUAAGGUGACACUCUGUCCUAGCCUGAGCAACCAGUAUGUUCUUGGUCUCCCUUUCUGUGAGGUGGAAAUGCAGGAUCCAUAUUUGGCAGGCUCUUUGCCACACGUAGCCUUUCACGUUGCACUUCUGGGACAACACAUCACCAUGUUCCAGAGAUCACAGAGCCACUGGAGUGCAGUGAGCACAGAUACCCUAAAAUGCCUAUCCUAAGGAUGCAGGAUGAAUUGGUUCAACACACAGUGAUCUGCAGGCUGAGCUUUUGUGAGUAGUGACUCAGUUGUGUAGCUCUGUGACCAUAACAAGUCAGCUGCAGAGUUUCUGCUGUCUGUCCCUGCUGGGACACAGUACACCUGAAUGGUCUAUGUGGCAGGAGCACAUGUGCCCUGUAUCCUAUGUCCUAUAGGACACCUCCUUCUUCAAGCUAAAGCUGUUUGUGAGUUAAAUUUCCUAACCCAUAUUAGCCGUCUGUAUAUAUCAUCAAUCCCUUCUUCUUUGCAAACACACAACUGAUUUUUCCUUAUCUAAAUAGUUCAGUCCCUCCAGUUCUUUUUCUAGCUGGGAUUUUUUUUUCUUCUGCCCCAGGGACAGUCACCAGUGGAUCACAAACCACCAGUGACCAGAGUAAUUUCUUUGAAAUACUGCUUUUGAAAAAUUGCCAUUACUUUUUAAAAUGUUAUUCCAGCUGCAAUAACAAAUGAAAGGGGAGAAAAAGCAUCCUCAGAGUUCUCUAAACAGAGGAUCCUCAUCCUCCCAGGAGUGAAUUGUGAGAGUGCAGGUAUCCUGCUUUCCUGUGCAUGCAAGUCAUUUGGGACCAUUUUUUGCUAUGGCACGUUAGCUGUGUGGUUCAAUGGAUGGUGAAUAAAGCAAAGCUGGUGAAGGAGGGGAUUGAUGUGCAAGGGCUAUUUCAGAUUCCCAAGCAUUCCUGGAAGACUGUGUCUCCAUGGCUGUCCAUUUAUCCACCGUGCAGCGCCUCUGAAUCAGGCUCAUCCCUGGAGCCCCACUGAUAAGCGGAGCUCAGAAGAAAAUCACUGUAAUCUGUCCUUAAUUCUUGAGCGCCACGCUAACUGCCAGCAGCGAAAUGGAGGGAAAAUAAUAUGUUACCAAGUAUAGCUAAAUAAAGACAUGCAUUAUUCGGGCUCUUUCUUCUCUGUGUCUCUACAUAGGCCUAGAAAGGCUACAGGACUACUCAGGCUCAUUCACACAAACUACCACCCCAGGUUUCCCACUCCUUCAUGGUCCAAACCACUGUGCUCAUCCAGCCAGCAAGGGAAGACUCAAGGUGAAAAACUGAGACAGCUCUGAAUGAUUGCCAGGUACCAAUGACAGACAAAGAGUAAAAAGUGGGCAUGAAAUGCAAAGAGCACGUAAAGAUUAGUGGCAGGUGAAUUUCCAAGGACAGGAAACGAAAUUCAAAAAAGCCUAAAGUUUGAUUGCUAACUCCAGGCUAGAUCCAUAAAAUCUUGAUUUUGCCAGUCUAAAGUGAAAACUAAAAAACCAGGGCUUAGCUCAAAAGUCAUAGUCCACUGUUUCCAGCCAUAGCCAGGAAUAUAAUGCAACUAUUCCAUAGUCUGUUGAGAUUCAUAGAAAACUCAGAUGUCUUGGAAAACAUUUUAGUGCUGUCUUCGUUAACACUGGACAAGAAAUGUGUGCUUACACACUCACAAUAUCUAUUUUUUGGCUUUAGAAAGUCAUCAGAUGCUACCUCCCCUCCCUCCCUGCCAUCCCCCCAGUUCAGCUUAGGGUUUCCAUCCUGUAUGCCCCACUAAUACCCCAAUCAUACAGCCUUCUUCAGAGCCACAAUUAUUAAUUGCAACAUUUUGACAAGUGCUGCUGGUGCCAGGGGCCUCUGACAAGCUUCAUUUUGACAUCAGUUGGAGAACUGUAGCCUGAUACAGUGCUGUCAAUUUAAUUCCAGUAGGCUUUGCACAAGUUUAGGAUUUAACUUGAGAAAGAGUCUGGACAACUGCAUCAAUAUAGGCCACAAGAGGGAAAUUAAAUUCUGGUCUCCUCUAGUAAAGCACUCCAGAAUCACAGAUCAGUUGUCCUUCCCUUGUUCAGGGAAGACUUUCAAUGAAAAUAUCAGUUUCAGUUAGGUUAUCUCCAGGGGAAAGUG